AUGGCCGCCUCCUCCGCCAAGGCCUCCGCCUUCGCCCGCGGAUCAGCUGCCAGGCCGGUGCUGCCCCCGCGCGUGCGCGCAUCCCGCCACGCACGGCCCGCCCGCCUGGCCCCCCAGGCCAAAUACGGCCAGGAGAACCAGUACUUCGACCUGGACGACCUGGAGAACACGCUUGGAUCGUGGGACAUGUACGGCCAGGAGGACGAGAAGCGGUACCCCGCGCUGCAGGCGGAGUUCUUCGAGAGGGCCGGCACGUCGCUCUCGCGGCGGGAGGCCCUGAGGGCGGUGCUGUUCCUGGGCGGCGGGGCGUCGAUCCUGGUGUGGGGCGCCAAGGGCUCCAAGGACGUGACGCUGCCCAUCCAGGCGGGACCCAAGAAGGGCGGCGAGAAGGGGCCCAGGGGGAAGAUCUGA